CGUCCCGACGCGCGAGGGGCGCGCGGCUGCCCGCCAAGGAGCUGUGUGAGUGAACCCCUGGUGGGAGGGCGACCGGCGUGUGUCUGUCGGUCUCGGCUCGUCAGCUUUGCCUUUUUGGUUUUCGGUGGCAGAAACCUGUGAGUUACAGGAGGUUUUGAUUAAAGCGGAUCUUUCUCGGCCAGGUGUCUGGCAUUGGGCCUCACUUCUCCGGCUCCUAAUUGAGGACUUAGCCCCACCUUGUUCUGAGCCCCCAAAUGGAAGGUUUUGCAUUAUGAGUUGCAGUUUCACUUUCCUCCCUGAAGAGUGAAUGAAGAUUUUCAGAUAAACACUACAUGUGCAGACUGCUGAGAGGGAGCGCUGACUGCUGAGGGGGCCUGGACAGGAGAAGCACCAGGCACCAUCGAGCGGACAAAUGCUUGGUGUUUCCCAGAGAAGCCGCUGUAGUCUUUCGCUGCUGCCUUCCUUCACUCAGAGCGCUUCAUAACAUGGGCUGCAUGAAAUCAAAGCAAACGUUCCCAUUUCCCACCACACUUGAGAGUGGGAAGAGGCAAGUGAACGAGGAAAGCUUUAUGCCUGAAGAGAGAUUUCUACCCAGGAUGCCUUCUUUGGUUAACGUCAAAGAGGAAGUGAAGGAACCCCCAGGGCCUGAAGUCGUGGUCUUCGAGUUUGCACACCGCCUGUCCCAGGAGAUCCUGACUGACGCCCUGCAGCAGUGGGCAGGCGACAACAUCAAGUACUAUGACAUCCCCUAUAUCGAGAGUGAGGGGCCUUGACGCUGUACGUAGGGUGAUGACACUUUCUCAAACUGUGGAUCAAGUCGGUGCUAGUUUAAACACAUGAAACAAUAGCAAAAACUGCUAUGAAUAAAUACGGUAACUCAAUCUGGGUGUUAAAAAAAAUCUGACAGCAUCGAGAUUCUGAGAAUGCCUAAAAUGAAACGUGUGUUAAGCAGUUCUGCAACAGCGAUUUCUAUCUGCUUGGUUUUGGAUUUUAGUCAUUAAAGGGCUAAAUGUAAGUCCCGCGGCACCACAGUAAUCAGCUGUGUGUCACACCACUUCCUUCCCAGAGGCAGUAAUGCCAUCACCAAAGGAGUAAGAAUUUUAAAAGUACCCUGGGUUUCCAAAUGGUUAUUUUAAAUACAUUCCCUUAAAAUAACUGUCAAUUUACACAAAAAAACAGAGUAUCAAAGGAUUUUUCUUGAAAUGCCUGGGCAAGGGAAUGGCACUCGGGCCAUAGUGGUUAUUAGUGGGUCUUGUUCGUCAAAGCCUUUGAGUCAAGGAUCCCUCAAACGACCAAGGAUUAGGAAGCGACCCGCGUAGAAGAGGCCCACUGUGCACCCUGUCCUUAUUAAGGUACUUCUGCAGAUGAAAAGCGUAACUCUCACCUUGAAACCUCAGGGCCCUAACUAUUCACGACUGUUACUGGAUGACUCAGGCUUUGUGUACAAGCAUCUUAACAAGAUACAAUCUACAGAAGUCGUAGCAAUGUCUACUGCAUUGCAUUCAGUAGCCCGCUGACAUUACUAUACAGAUAAACAAGUAUGGUAGCUGUGACAAACAGCAAUCCAGUAAAUUGUAAAAA